AUGUCUGGCGAAGGGCCAACCAUUUCCCUCUCCCGCUCUACCAUUCUCAAUCGCCUUGGUGAUUCUGUUGUGGUGGCGGCCUUUAUCAACCAGGAUCACUUCAUUCCUCUUCAUCCCCGGGACGAAAUGCUGAACGUCAGUUUGGACAUCAAAUGGUUCCAUAUCCAAGGCCCAAAUGGCCCCGGACAAUGCUUCAUUGUCCCACAGAACGUGACCGUGAACAAGGCGUCGGUCAUUUCCCUGCGGCUGCCAGAGGGUUCCGGGAUCCCAUUGUUCUAUCAUUUCCCCGCUGAAGCGCCCGAUGACGCGCAGUGUUUUGAACUGCAGCCGAUCGAUGACCCGGCCCAGUCGGAGGACUUCCUUCACAAGCUGGUGACUGUGAGCAACUAUGCGAUGUUUACCAAAGGCAUGAAGUUUCCUCGGUCUGCGCUGCACGAACUGCUCGAUGAUAUUCCUGCUGCGAAUUCUGCCCCCCCCGUGGCAAUGUUUGCAGCGACCUCUGGGGCUGGCCCUAAAGAUACCCCUACGCCCCCCAAGGGGGAUUUGGAUAAACUCAUGGACCUUCUAUCCGACAAUGGCAAGCCGCCCGCACAGCAAGUCUCCGAGGACAAAGCGCCCAAACCCCCGAUAACCAAUGUCAAGCCUUCCGAGGCCGACAGCAACGCCGAGGCUCUACAGUGCUACAAGGACAUCAAGCUGGUGACCGGGCUCGCGUGCUUGUUCCAAGAAAUCCUUCGACUAAAGAAGAUGCAAAGCGAAGGCCGCACCGCUCCAUAUGGCAUCUCGGAUCCCACGGAGGCCAACCUGGCUAUGAAGGAGAAUGCCGAUCUCGCGUACCAAGUCAUGCAUGGUGGACUGGGUGGCUACUACGACAGCAUCAAUAUGUACCAGCGCUCCUACAACAAGACGGUAAAACACUCUGACUUGAAGAUCGAGUUUACAUCCGACAUCUUCAAGCCGUUUGGCUUCACCAAGCCCGCGCUCACCGAGAUCUCGGGCUUCCUCGAACAGUAUAUUGCGGCCAUCGCGAAGGUCAAGACCGAUACGACAUCGACCGGCUUCCGGAACUCUUUCUCCAAGCAGAUUCACCAGGUGCUGCGUAUUAAUGUGGGCGACGACGAGAAUCCUGUCUGGGUGUGGCAGCCAAAGUGUCGACUGGUGUAUAUGCACGUCGACAGCGCGUCGUAUCGCGAAACCGUAAAGACAUGCCUGAAGGAGAGUACUCAGGAGAGCUACAAAUUUUCCAUGGACUAUGUUGUAGUUGAGGCGGAUAUCAAUACCGAAAAUGUCGAGAGAAGACGCGAGAAACUCACUAAGGCUUUCGACAUGGUCAGCGACAAGAACAUCGACGCAUUCGUGAGCCAGGCCGGGGUGGCGAAUGAAGUCACCGAUAAGACCCCUACUCAGGAUGGCAUGUAG